AUGUCAAAAUCCAUAUAUAUUACCAUAUUCCCAAUUUUUCUAAUUUGUGUCUGUUCUUAAUUAAAUCCAAUACGGUCAAGUCUUAGUAAAUAUCCCUUUGAAUCAAAUGAAACUAUAGUUUGCAAUCAAACAUAACCAAUAUAAUAUUCAAUAAAAUUUUCAUCAAUUCCAAGGAAACCUUAAGUAAUCUUAAAUCUCUGGAAAAUUAAAAUGGACAAAGGUAUAUCUGAAGUUUAAGCAUCGAUUUCACAUAUAAAGUAAUCAUGUAAUUUAUUUUAUUUAUGAAGAAUUUUAAGUUAAUAUUGGUUGUAAAUCAGGAGUUUUGGAAUUAUUUUCAUUUAGAUGGUUUGUUGUUGAUGAUUAAAGAAUAUAAGUAUUAGAUUCUUUCAAUAUGACAAAUUUAACAAAAAAAACAUUUAAACAUUAAAAUCCUAAUGCAUUAACAGCAUUUGUCAUUAUAACAAGUAUAGGUUUUACAGGAAAAUUUGAUUUUUUUCUCAAAGUAUUUAUAUCAAAAUUUCUCUAGAUUCUGGAAAUUAAUUAAACCACAGUAACUGUUGAUAUUUAAGGAAAUUAUGCAAAUGUUUCUUAAUUGGGCUAUCAAAUAAUCUUGGGAAUAUAAGAAGCUUUUAUUAUGGUAAAUUAGAGCUACUUUAAUAAGAGUUUUAAAAGUCAAGAUUUUACUUUGGCAUCUACGAUUACGAAAAUUUUAGCAAUUAAUUUUUAUGGUUUAAAUUAUUCAAAAGAUGUAAAUUUUGAUUUUUAAGGAGCUGAUGGACCAAAAAAUACAACUUAAGAAUAUAGAUAUUAUGUUUAUCCUAGUAUUUAUAAAAAAAUAUUAAUUAGAUGGAGGCGGAAGUUAUAAUAACAUUUUUUGGAUUAUGAGAAAUAUUACUACAGUAUUUUCCCCAUUAAAACUUUAAAAUUUAUCAAUUAAGAAUCAAAAGUAUAUUAAUGAAACAUUUUAAACUUCAAUUGCACUCUUUAUUUAUUAAACAAACUUAGAACUUACAUCUACUAGGACUUUCUAGGCAAUUAUUGAGAAACAAUUUAAAAAAAUAAAAAUUUUGGUAUCAAUAAAAUGUUAAGAAAAUUUUGGAAUAUAAAGCUAAUUCUAUAAAUAUUCAAAUCGGACUUUAUAGAAAAAAUUUAAUUUUAUUCAUUUUUGCGAUUCUUAAAUACGUCAAAUGAUUUAUGAAGUAUAAUAUUAAACAAUAGAUGACGCACAUUAAGAAUUAGAAAUUAGAAUUUAAGGAUCAAAUUGUUCUGUUUUUUAAAUACUUUAUAAUUAAGUCAAAGUACAAAAAAUAUUAUUUCAAAUAUCAAUAAAUGAUUGA